GGCACAGGAUGGCCUCAGUCCUCCCCCUGCUGCUGCUCUGGGCGUUUGCCCCCACGGUGGUCCCGGAGGUGCUCAGCCCUGAAGAUGUCACAGAUGACCUCAAGGCCCUGCAGGUGUCCAUCCCGCGGCACCCAGCCCUGCACGCUGUGCUGGCAGGGGACGUCACCAUCCCCUGCCUCAUCACCUACCUCGGACCCCUGCCCACUGCCAGCACGGCAGGGCGCCGGGCAGUGCUGGGAGCCCCCAGAGUCAAGUGGACCUUUAUCUCCGAAGGCAGGGAGGCUGAGAUCCUGGUAGCACGGGGGGACAGGGUGAAGGUGAGUGAGGACUACCGCCUGCGUGCCUCCUUGCCCGUCUUCCAUCAGCGCUACACUGACGCCUCUCUGCUGCUCACCGAGCUGCGCCCCAACGACUCGGGGAUCUACCGCUGCGACGUGCAGCACGGCAUCGAGGACGGCCACGACAUCCUCGACCUCAGAGUCAAAGGGGUGGUGUUUCACUACCGCGGCGGUUCCACGCGCUACACCUACACCUUUGCCGAGGCACAGGAGGCGUGCACCGCCAUCAGCGCCAGCAUCGCCACCCCCGAGCAGCUCUAUGCUGCCUACCUGGGCGGCUACGAGCAGUGUGAUGCUGGCUGGAUCGCUGACCAGACCGUCAGGUACCCUAUCCACACUCCCCGCGAGGCGUGCUACGGAGACAUGAACGGCUUCCCCGGGGUGAGGAACUACGGCGUGGUGGACCCGGAGGACAUGUACGACGUGUACUGUUACGCCGAGGACGUGCCAGGGGAAAUAUUUUUGGAGACAGCCCCAGACAAGUUCACGCUGGAGGAGGCUGCAGCGCAGUGCCAGGCGCAGGGCGCGGUGCUGGCGAGCACGGGGCAGCUGUAUGCAGCCUGGAGUGCAGGGCUGGAUGCCUGCAACCCGGGCUGGCUGGCUGAUGGCAGCGUCCGCUACCCCAUCGUCACCCCGCGGGAGCGCUGCGGCGGAGCCCUGCCGGGUGUCAAAACCAUCUUCCAGUUUCGCAACCAGACGGGAUUCCCCGAUGCCCAGAGCAGAUACGAUGCGUACUGCUUCCGAGAAGGGACAAACUCUUUCCCUGAGGCUGCAGGAAAAUACCAAGCCAGAGAGCCCGGGGGCCUCCAGGAGAUUGUUACAGUGGCAGAAAAGCUGGAGGAGCUGCAGCUGCCCAAAGCGCAAGUGGAGAUUGAGUCGCGAGGGGCUAUAUACGCCGUCCCUUUCUUUAAGGACGUGGCUGAUGCUGAGCUGGAAAAGCCGAGCCUGUCCCCUGAAGACACCCGGCACCCCCCAGUAGAUACCUCUGCGUCCUCAGCGCGAGGACGUCACCCGGCCUCGGCCACCCCUUUCCCCACAGCCCCAGCCGUCCCCAAGGCAGGAGUCCCGCUUAGCUGUGCUGCACAACCGGGCAGCCCGUCCCCUGCAGACCAGGACGGGGCAGCAGGGACAGGUGGAAGGUGCACAGAGGCCAGGCAAGAGCCGUCCCGCACGGAGGAUGGAGCAGCGCUGGAGUGGCCGCUGGGCUCUGUGCUGGGUGAGGACUUCGGGAACACAGCAGCAAAGAGUCCGGGCAGAGGGCAAGAGCCCGGACAGCCCAUGAAGCCGGAUGUGCAGACACUCUUGGUGGGCACAGAGGGACCCAGUGACGCCCUGUCCCCAGCGGUGGCCGCAGCAGAUAGCCAAGAGCCAGCCCCUGCAACAGGCAGCCAUGGGGCCGGGGGGGCCAGCACCCCCAUCCCAGCUGCGGGGGCUGCUGAGGACCCCGAGCUGUCAGGAGAUGUGACCGAAAACCCUGGAGCAUCCCCACUGCCCCCCGCACCACCGCAGCUGCAGGAUGAUGGAGAGGAGCAAUCGGGGGCCCCGUGGCUCUCCUCACCCACAGCACCAGGGGACGGGGGCACAGCCCCAGCGACAGCGGUCACCCCGGGGCAUGCAGAGGUGCCCAGCAGCAGCGAUGCACUGCAAACCCCAAGCACUGAUCGCGGGAUGCCCGCUGCAUCUUCAGAAGAAGAAGAGGAUGAGGAAGAGGAGGAGGACGGAGAAGGGCGCCCGGUGCCCUCUGUUGCAACCGUGGAGGGUUUCCUUGCAGCUGUUCCCGGAGAACCAGGUGGCUGCAUCCCCAACCCCUGCCUGAACGGAGGGACCUGCAUUGAGGAUGGCACCCAUCCCACCUGCCUCUGCCUGCCAGGCUACGGAGGGAGCAGCUGCGAGAGACAGCUGAAGAGGUGCAGCCCCAGCUGGGACAGCUUCCAAGGAGCCUGCUACAAGCACUUUUCCACCCGGAGGAGCUGGGAGGACGCCGAGUCGCAGUGCAGGCAUUUUGGGGGGCACCUGGCCACCAUCCUGACCCCCGAGGAGCAGAACUUCAUCAAUGGUACGUGGGGCCACCCCAGCCUGCAGAGCGUGGGACUCAGCAUCCCUCCACAGUGGCAAAGUGCCAGCACAGCCCUGUCCUGUCCUCCCCAGCUCUAUGAGAACUGGCACCCGGGGCAGCCCGACAGCUACUUCCUCUCCGGUGAGAACUGUGUGGUCAUCGUGUGGCACGACGGGGGACAGUGGAGUGACGUCCCCUGCAACUACCACCUCUCCUACACCUGCAAAAUGGGGCUGGUGCAGUGCGGACCCCCUCCCACCGUCAUCAACGCCCGCGCCUUCGGCAAACCAAAGCAGCGCUACGAGAUCGGCUCCAUCACGCGCUACCAGUGCCGCCACGGCUUCGCCCCGCGCCGCUCGCCCAUCAUCCGCUGCCGUGAGGAUGGGAUUUGGGAGCGGCCCCAGCUCUCCUGCCGCCCCGGGCUGGCUCAGCACCCCGAGGAUUGAGUGAGCUGUCACCUCCCCAGUCCCUGGAGCUGGCACGGAUGGGGGUGGCACUGGGAUGGCAGCGCAGCACCGCAGGGCGAGGGGUGUCCUGGUGGGUGCCUGCCCUCUGCUUGUUUUAUAUCUGUACAAAGAAACCCCGGUAACUAAAGAGCCCCUCAAAAGGAAUCGCCGGAGUCUCGUGUGGUGUCUCACCUUGCACUGGGGCUGUUUGAGUCCUGGAGUGGCAACAGAGUCAAAAUGAAGGGGGGGUAGGGGGGGUGCAAAGGCAAGUGACAGCUUGGACAUGGCAGCGUCACCUCCAGCUGCUGCCUCCCCCCUUUUGCAGUGGGAUUAAAGCGAGGAAAUGGAUGGCACUGAGCGGUGGGAGAGGCAGAGAUACACAGCCUCGAAACUGGGAGUGGGGGAUGCACAGUGGAGCCGUGGGGACCGGGUCGAUGGUGGCACAGCCCGGGCACAGCGAUGACCCCCGAGCCACAGGCAGAGGGAGGAGCAGCCCGAAGUGUCCCCAUGUCGAUGUGUCCCCACACGGUUUUCUCCCAGGGCCGUGCCAGCUGUAUCACAAACCCAGAGAGCCCCGAGUGCGGUGCCAGGGACACCG